CCCAAGUUCACAAUUUUGAUUAAUACCUAAGCAAUUUUUGUCUUACUUGAAAAAAAAAAAAAUAUUCUGAUUUCUUGUUUCCCCUGUUGAAACAAAAAUGAAUCCUUUCUAUCUUACUUGGAUGGUAUUUUUCACCCUCUAUUGCAGCAGUCAGAGUGAUCCCUUGGGGCCUGUAUUAAAUGGAACUGAUUCUGAACACAGGAUACGAUGCGAUACGUAUUCUCCAGUUCACGAAAUAAACUAUAUAUGGACGAUUCGUCAGUUCAGUCAUCACGAGGCACUCAACACUAGUGAGAUUUUAUCGCCCAAGUUAUACGCACUUACAACUGAUAAAUACGAAUGGUACAUCCAAUUUAGACCUAACUGCAUUGAUGGGGGAAAUGAAGUGAUCAGUGUAUAUGUUAGGUUAUUCAGCGGAAGCAUAAUCCGAGAAGCGUUAGUAUACUUGAGUAUUUCAAUCAUAAAUCACAAGGAAGAAACGUUAUUAAAGCGAAGUUCGCCACAAACGCGAUUAGUGUCAGCAGGAGAAGGUCGGGGAUGGAGGCCCUACUGUAAAAAAGAUGAAUUUUUCAGACAUCAUUUACUGCAAAAUAACACAUUGACCCUGUUAAUCAACAUAAGAUGGCUUGAAUCUCAGCUAUGUAAUAACGUUUCCCACGAACGCAAUCCAUCAGCGACUCCCAUACAAGAAACUACUAAUUUUUUGCAGAGUGAACCUUCAAAAAAUGCUGAUUCUGAAUACAUGAUUCGAUGCGAUACAUUCAUGCAAUUCCACGAAAUAAAAUAUUUAUGGACUAUUCGUCAGUUCAGUCAUCACGAGACGCUCAACACUAGUGAGAUUUUAUCGCCCAAGUUACGCGCACCCACGACAAACGAAUAUGAAUGGGAUAUCAAAAUUGACCCUAAUCACAUACACGAAAGAAAUAAAACGAUCGCUGUGUACGUUUUUUUAUCUGGCGGUAGUACAGUCAGAGAAACAGCAGAAAAUUUCUGCGUAUCGAUUAUAAAUCAUAAGAAAGAAACGUUAUUUUAUAAAAAUCAAACCAUAAUAAAACACCAAGCCGGAACCGGUCACGGCUGGUAUGGCUACUGCAACAAAGAUGAUUUUUUCAGGAAUCAUUUGCUGCAAAAUGACACAUUGAUGCUGUUGAUCAACAUAAAAUGGCUUUCUCAACAUUGCAAUAACGUUUCCCACGAACGCGAAAUUCCACCGCCGACUCCCUCACACGAAACCACCACUAUCCUACUCAAUAGUUCAGAUCAUUUUAAAUCGCCGCAAGAAAAUCCGAAAUUCGCAAAUGUACUUACAACGAAUGAUAGUGAUUUUCAAUCAACGCUCGAAACUCUAAAACACUCCGACGUAGUGUUCACAACGAAUGGUAGCAAUUAUCCAGCUCAUAAAGCUAUUUUAGCCGCACGCAGUCCAAUUUUCGCCGCCAUGUUUCAACGUAAAGAUGCGAAAGGAGGAAAAAAUAAAACAAUUCGAAUAAACGUUAAACAAAUGAAUGAAGAAGUACUUCGUGCUAUGCUUCGAUACAUUUAUACCGGAAAGUGUGAAAAUUUAGGUAAACUGGCGGAUAAAUUGUUUGUAGCUGCUGCGAAAUAUGGUUUGGACGGAUUGAGACAAAUUUGCGAGCAAAAACUAUGUGAGACUUUGUCAGCAGAGAAGGCAGAAGACAUGUUUGUAUUUGCGAAGAAACACCACGCCAACGAAUUGAAAUCCAAAGCCGUCGAAUUUUUAACCAGCAGAUCUAUUCAAAAGUCGAAUACAACGAACUAGGAAAUCGUUAGUUCAUGGUUGAUCGAGUGGCUCAGCUAUAGAUAACAGCAGUUUGGGCAAAUGCCUCAUGAUAUCGUCCAUCCGGCACAUCCGCAUAGAUAAAUCAAUCAACAUUGUAUUUCAUAACCAGGUACAUAUUAAUUAACUUGUAAAUCUCUUAAUGUUAUGUCUGGUUUUCAAAAUGUAUUCAAUAAACAAAGUUGUAUAAUUAAAUAUACUUAGAUAUUCUGAUCAAUGAUUUCGUAGG